CCUCAAACCCCCUCUCCCCCCACCGAGAAUAUUCUGCUUGCUCUCUCCCGUUCUCAUAACUGCUUCCCCUCCCUCCGCAUUGAACCGGUUAAAUCAUAGCCCCCACGGCAUUUUCUUCACUUAUACACACGGCCCGUGAUGAUGUUUACACGCCACACCAGCGCACUGCCGCUACUGGCCCUCCUCGGCGCCGUGCAUGCACAGUCAGCCACUUCAUCUGCUGCAUCGCCAACCAUCACGAGUCUUGAUGACUGUCACUUGCACGACCUAGUACAAUUAUGCAUGCCUAAACCCGCCGGCGAGGAGGUCGUCGUCACUACCGCUUCCAACGCCGCCGCUGCCACUGCCCUGCCCACCGCUUACAACGACUGCCACACCCACGACGGAGAAACAUUCUGUGUCGACGCUGCCGGAAACGACGUCUUCAUCGAGGGUCUGUCCGGCGAAGCCCACGAAGACCAUGAGGGCCACGAUGAGGAGGAGGAGACCACAACAGUCGCGGCCACCACCCAACAGAACUGCCACUUCCACGCCGGCGUCGAGCACUGCACCGGUGGAACGCCCGAGCAGAUGGCAUUAGCAAGCUCGUGCGCGCGCGUCGACAGGAAAUACAACAUCCCGCUCCGAAUCGGCAGCAUCUUCAUCGUGCUCGCGACGUCCGCCAUCUCGGUGUUCCUUCCGCUGCUGCUCCGCCGCUUCACCAAGGUCAAGGGCUCCAACAUCGCCUUCACGCUGAUCAAGCAGUUUGGCACCGGCGUCAUCAUCGCUACCGCCUUCGUCCACCUCCUGACCCACGCCGACCUGAUGUUUACCAACGACUGUGUCGGCGAGCUGAAAUACGAAGCGACGACGACCGCGGUCGUCAUGGCCGGCCUGCUCCUCGCCUUCUCGGUCGAAUACGCCGGCAACCGGAUCAUCAACGCGCGCAACGCUCGCCGCGCCGCCGCUGCGCCAGCCAACCUCGAGUCCUCAGGCGAGAGCCCCAGUGCCUCGAUCGCAUCCGGCGAGAAGCCCGAGGCGGAGAUCGCGCACUCCCACGCCCCCACUCACGCCGAGCCCGGCGACGACAAGCUCUCCGUGCUGGUGAUGGAGAUGGGGAUCAUCUUCCACUCGAUCCUGAUCGGGAUCACGCUGGUCGUCGCGGGCGACAGCGUGUUCAAGACGCUGCUGGUAGUGAUCAUCUUCCACCAGGGCUUUGAGGGCCUCGCGCUCGGCACGCGCAUCGCCGGCCUCUCGCCGCAGGGCGCGCUGAACCCCGUCAAGAUCCUGCUCGCUACCAUGUUCGCACUCAUCACACCUAUCGGCAUGGCCAUCGGCAUCGGCGUUAGGAAUUACUUCAAUGGCAACGAUAGGGAGACACUCAUCGCGCUCGGCACCCUCGACGCGCUCAGUGCGGGGAUACUCGUAUGGGUCGGCUGCGUCGAGAUGCUCGCGGGCGACUGGAUGGGCGGCGAGCUGAGGAACGCGGGCGUUGUCAGGACUCUUGCUGCCGCGUUCAGUCUCCUCGCCGGGUUGGUGCUCAUGAGUUUGCUCGGGAAGUGGGCGUAGUAGAAGACGGAGGGGAUUGCUCUGAGUUAUUGCGUUUAUGUUGGUGGGUAUUUGGUUUUUACUUUUACUUUUACAGGCGCUGGGGCGUUGGGGGCAUGAUAGUUAUUUGGUUGAGUGUAUUUGUAUUUGGUUAAGUGUUAUUGUUUGUGCACUGCAGUGCACUGGGAAUAGAUGGUUGUAUUUUUAUUUUAUCUUACGUUUCUUGUGAUUCUUGUCUUGUCUCGUCUGUCUUGAUAGCCACCAGGAACGUGGUUGGGAUGGAAGUAAAUGCGAAUAUCUGGGUGUAUGAAGUAUCUAUCCAGUUUCAUGAUUGUCACCCGUCGCUACUUAAGGAUGAUGAUCCGGCCAAUUUGAUCGUGCUUGAUGGGCGUGUCUGUCUCCGUCCUUGGGUCUGUUUGGGUCUCGAGGAGGUAUCAUGGGCCAAGUGGGGAGAGUGGGGGAAAUAGGUAUACCACAGUGCUCAAAGACCUUGG